GCCGCUACAAUCCAGGCUAGCUCUAAGCGAUCAAACUUCCCGAUCGGCGACCGCGGAUCUUGGUAGAAUACCUCUUUUUGUUAUGACUUUGGUAAAAUCGACAACUAAUAGUCCCACUCUACUUGGAGUUCUUACUUCAAAGGCGUGCUACUGAAACUGAGGAACUCCGAAUUAGUUUUCGAAUUCAUCACUCGAUCUUUUCACUUCGAAAUUGCAAGCACGGUAGCAGACGAUCUUUGAUCGGAGUGGUUGUAGAACUUGCACCAGCACCUUCCCCGUGACUUUUGUUCUACCGACCGUAUAGCGUCUCAACGAUCUGAGAAAUCAAGGGGAUUGAGUUAGGCUGAGGAGCUGGGAGAUAUUUUGCUCUCUGGAUAUUAUUUUUCUUUUUCGUGUAUAAGGUGGAGGACACCAGAUAAAAACGAAGAAGAGGCCCGGUCAAUACCAUACACGACAUAAGCUUGAAUUAAUCAUCAUUUUGAGCAUGAGUACCAGUAAAAUGAUAAUAAAGGAGGGUUUCCUUGUAAAGAAGGGUCAUAAAAGAACAAAUUGGAGGACGAGAUGGUUUGUUUUAACCAAUGAUUCCAUUGCAUACUAUAAGCAAACUUCAGAUGCCCUCCCUGCAGGGGUCGUUGAACUUCGAGGCUGUUCUGUCAUUUCACCUUGUCUACAAUAUGCAAAUAAGAAAGGAUUUGCAUUUAUGAUAACGAACCAAGAAGGUCAUGAGCUUUUGAUGCAAGCCUCAACAGUGGAAGAGAGAGAAGCCUGGGCGAAGGCUAUUGGUGCAGCCAUCGUUGAAUGCGAUCGAUCCAAGGAAACAGAUGUGGAGUUACAUUCACCACAGAGUAAAAUAAACUACCAUGAUUUGGUUGAAGCAAUGAAAGACCCUGAUGCUGGUAUUGAAAGGGGUAUGCACAAGGUGGAUGAGACCACAGUAUACAAAGAUUGCUUCACAGGUAACCAGAUGGUUACAUGGCUUAUAGACUGGUCCUUUGCUGAAGGUCGAGAGAAAGGCAUAGAGAUAGGAUCAAAGUUACUUACUCAAGCCCUAUUACAACCAAUGACCUGUGGAUUAGAUAAUGCUGCCUGUCGUAAAACAUUUGUAGAUGAAGAGGAGGCCCUCUAUAGAUUUUCAUCACUGAACAUGUCCAAUUUGAAGAAUGUUUUGGACAGUAGUGAUUCAUCAAGCAGCGACUCUGAAACAGAAGAGAGAUUACCAAAGAAAGGGAAAGAUGAACUGCCAAUCAAACCAUUAAAAGGACAUGGAGGAAAGAUAGUCAAACAAGGAUUUCUACUCAAAAGGGGACAUGUUAGGCAUACAUGGAAAGCAAGAUUAUUUGUUCUAUGGGAUGAUCCUGCCUACCUUCAGUAUUACAGGGGUUCAAAGGCAGGAGAUGAAAAACCACUAGGUGAGAUUCCUCUCUUCAAGUGUUCUGUUGGCGUACAGGAAGCAAGAGAAAAGUCAGAUGUGACGGUGAAAAACAAGAAUCGUCAGAAUCUUUUCAGCGUGACGACCAAGAAGGGUAAGGUGUACGUCUUUGAGGCGAGGACUCCGGAGGAGAGAGAGGAUUGGAUGAGAGCCAUCAUUAGCCCUCUCAGUGUUGGUAGAGAGUAGAAUAAUCUGUCUUUCAUUAAUUCUUCAUGCCUACUCCUGGUAAUGAACAAAAGAGAAUAUAAAGAUAUCCAUCCUUCAGUACUUUGCCACACUCACUCUGACCGAUGACCCAUUAACAAACGUAACAUUAAGAUAUUUUCUAAAACCUCUGUACCAGAAAUAUUGUUAGCACUAACAAUGCGUUGACAGAGGCUCUGCAACAACGGGAAUGUCGCAGUGAUGCCGAUUUCACAACAAAUUAUGUACAUCUUGGAUCAACGUUUGGACAUCACAUAGUCCAAAAAUGUGACUGAGCAUACUGAUAGUGCUCUGUUAGACUAACAGCGUUUCUGUACGGCAGUAUACAAAUAGCGAAUAGGCAUGAGUGCGAUGGUGCGAGAUUUCGCAUGAGGUGAAAGAAAGAUGCUCUAUUCA